UGACCACCUUUCUUUGUUCUUGAAUAUUCUUGAUAUCAUUCCCUCUGUAAGGAACAAGGAAUAAGAGCAAGAGUGGCAUUGUAAAGAGGAUAUUCUUGCCAUCUUCAAUGUCCUUUCCUUUUCCCAGAACUUGGCUGAACAGAUUUUGAGGUUAUCAAACAAAGAACUUCAAAAAGAUGGCUUUUUGACAGAUGGGUAUCUCCAAAACACCCAUUUACUUCAUGAUUAAGGCUUAUUAUCAAAGUAACCAUUUGGGUUUGUGUGGGGAAGUUGAUGAAGAAGAAGAACAACAUGCCUUGCUUCUGAAUGGAGUUGAGUGCAAAGAAAGAAGGCAUUUCCUUUGCUUUCUUGCUUAUAAACUUCAGAAACAACACUGUUCAGAAGAUGAUAAGCCAGAGAUUUCAGGAGAUGGGAACUAGUCAAAGAAGAGUGAGUUUUUCUGAACCAGGACAACAUAAGAAAGAUGCUUCCAUCAAACCAAGAGAUGGAAUUCCACAGCCAAGAACAAGAUCCUUCAAAGAGGAUAAAAAGGAGUCCAAAGGGUUACAAUGGCAUUUUUCAAACCAAAUGAAAGAAGAUUAUGAUUCAAGGGACAUAGAGUUUGCCACUGCAGUGGCAUCAGCUGCAUUUGCAAUUCGCUCACACGAAGAAGCAGAGUUACAAUACCAGAUAAAGAAGAAGGAAAGCCAAGAAACCCCAAUGACAAAGGUUAAAAGCAGAAAAGAUGAGACGGCUGCAUUAGCUUCAAGCAUAACAAGGCGAUUGUCUAACAAAGAAACGAGCAAUCCUGGUCAAUCUUCAAUAAAGAAGCCAAUGGGAAACGAAAAGAAGGACUCAGUGACGGGAAUUCCUUUACCGCCACCGAGACGAAGCCUUGUACCAACCAAAGCAGAUGUAUGGGAGAGAAAUAAGAUGGAGAAGAUCAGAAAAAGGUAUCAAAAGAGCAAAUCUUCAGUCCUUGACUGGGAGAACGAGAAAAAGUUGCUUGCAAAACUUCAUAUGGAAAAGGAAAAGGCUGAACUGGAGCGCAAAAAGUCGGUGUUUUCGCGAUAUUACCAGGAAAAAAUAGUACAAAUUGAUCGGAUCGCGGGGGGAGCAAAGACGCAACUAGAAGAGAAAAGAAGAAAGGAAGAGAAUAAAGCAAGAGAUACAGCCAACAGAAUCCGAUCGACCGGAAGACUUCCAGUCACUUGCUUCUGCUUCCAGUGUCACUAAGAAUGAGAUUUCACCUUGUUAAGACAGAAGCAUCAAAUCAUGACUCCUGUUUACUUACAUUUCACUUAAACUAAUUUCAGUCCAAAAUCAAUAUCAAGUCAUUGUAAUCUUAGAACCACGGUCUCUGCGUAAUACCGACUCAAAGGUUGUGUGCUUGAAUCUUAAAGUUUAAUAAGAAAAACCCUUGUUGUAUCAA